AUGCAGCCCCGAGACACGCAGCAGCAGCAGCAGCAGCAGCUCUGGGGGUCACCAGACAAAGAGACACAAACGGCACUCCAGGGACUCUACGGCCACGGAGGCGGCCACUCCAGAAGCAGCAGCAAUAGCAACAACAGCGGCAAUAGCAGCGGCAGCAGCAACAACAGCACCAGCAGCAGCAACAGCAGCGGCAGCAGCAACAACAGCACCAGCAGCAGCAACAGCAGCAGCAGAGUCCUGAGAUUCAGGGGAGACAAGGGGGACACAACGAAGAAGGGAAGCAAAAGGAGACCGAAAGAGGCAAGCAGCAGCAGCAGCAGCAGCGGGGCCAGGCAGCAGCACAGAGAGACAGCAAAAGGGACAGCAAAAGAGAAAGAUGAAUCAAGGAAAGAACGAUAA